AUGAUUCGAGUACUCGCAAGCCCCAUUGGGUCCCAGUUCGCAGACAUAGAUACCGCCUUUCUGCGACAGACCUGGCAGGAUUUGGAGCUUCCGCUCAACCCGCCAGGAUACCACAAGAAGGUCCUAGACCACUAUAACAACCCCCGUAAUAUCGGCUCUAUAAAGAAGGGCGACCAGGACGUCGGUACCGGUCUCGUUGGUGCACCCGCCUAUAGCGAUAUUAUAAAGUUGCAGAUCUGCGUGAAUAAGGAGUCCGGCUGUAUCGACGACGUCGUCUUUAAGACCUUCGGCUAUAGUAGUGCCAUCACUUCCUCUAGUUAUCUGACUAAGCUUAUACGCGGUAUGACCCUCGACGAGGCUAGAAAGAUCAAGAACACCGAUAUGGCGAAGGAGUUAUGUCUCCCUCCUAUCAAGCUGCACUACUCUAUGCUUGCUAAGGACGCUAUUAAGUCUGCCAUUGCCAACUACUACACCAAAAACCCUAACAUCCGUGCCACUGAUCUCUCUAGGACAGGUGGCGUCAUUCCUGAUACUAAGGUUAAGUCUACCACUAGCAGCACUGCUGCUUAA